GUCAGGCUGGUCUGGCUGCUCUGGCAGGCGGGUCAGCAGUGUGUGGCGGGAGGCGUUGGAGGUAACAUGCGGCGGCCGCGGCUCCUGGAGGCAUGACUGGCUCAGCCCGCCACGGGCAACACGUGAGCGCACUUGUGCCGGGACCAAACCCACCAUGUUCCCGAGGCUUGACACUCACUGCACUUGUUCAUAACCUUUCCCAAGGACUCCCUGAAUGAAGUGCGAAACAUCUAGAGGAUAUAUCCAGAAAAAUUGUGCCAAGAGGGAUAGAGAAGUCCUCCUUGCAGAGCCAUGAGGCCUCGCCGGGCCCUGCGCCUUGUCGCCCUCACCGCCGCAGCGACCACCCUCGCCGCCUUCGUAGUGCUCAACGCCAGUGUUCAUAGUGGCGUGCGGAGACAACGGAAAAAGGUGUCGUCUGGCGUGGGCGGCGCGAGGAAUGCCUUGUCUGGGGUGGACGCGGCGGGGUACCUCUCGGGCGGGCGCACCAGGGACCGAGAACACGACCCUUACGCCCAACACGCCUUCAAUGUUCGCGUGGCCAACUCCCUCCAGCCUGACCGACCCAUUCCUGAUACGCGGCAUCCCAGGUGUCGUGGGCUGGACUUCGAUGAGGAGGAGCUCAACACCCUCUCCGUGGUAGUGACCUUCCACAACGAGGCGCGAUCCACCCUGCUCAGGACCCUCGUCAGUAUCCUGAACCGCACGCCUCAGGACCUCCUCGAGGAUAUCGUGGUGGUGGACGACGCCAGUGACGACCCAUCCGAUGGACUGCUGUUGGCGGGACUGCCCAAGGUGCGCCUCGUCAGGAAUGAACAAAGGCAAGGACUGGCGCGGUCGAGAGUGAGGGGAGCUGAUUCUUCAAAGGGGGAGGCAAUAUUCUUCCUGGAUUCCCACUGCGAGGUCAACCAGGGCUGGGCCACGCCUCUCCUCGACACUCUGCGACAGAAUCCUCGGAGCCUCGUGUGUCCAGUGAUUGACGUCAUAGACCAGGACACCUUCGACUACCGCGCUUCAGGCUCCGUCCUCAAAGGGGGAUUCGAUUGGGGUCUUCACUUCCGCUGGGUGCCGCUGACGGAGGAGGAGGCGGCGACGAGGACCGACCCUACCUCCGUGUACAGAUCGCCAGUGGUCGCCGGGGGCCUGUUCCUCAUCGCGCGGGAGUGGUGGGAGGACCUGGGCAAGUACGACCCUGGCCUGGAGGUGUGGGGGGCAGAGAAUUUAGAAAUGUCCCUGAAGGCAUGGCAGUGCGGGGGCUCGGUGGAGGUGGCGCCUUGCAGCAGAGUAGGCCACGUGUUCCGGCGCCGCCACCCAUACACCUUCCCUGACGGUAAUGCCAACACCUACCUCAGAAACUCAAGGCGCGUGGCCGAGGUGUGGCUGGACGAGUUCUCUCACUUCUUCUACGAGACAAGACCCAGCGCUCUGCAGCAGACCUACGGCGAUAUCAGCGGCAGGAAGGCGUUGCGGGAGCGGCUUGGGUGUCAGGGCUUCAGCUGGUACCUCAAAAACAUCUACCCGGACCUGGGCGCGCCUUCCAAACACGACUUAGCGUACGGGCAACUCCAGCAGGGUAACUUGUGUCUGCAGGGUGCUGAACCUCCCAAACCACACAAGAAGGCGCAGAAGAGACCACACCAGGGGGACAAGCAGGCGGGGCACAGCGGGGGCGAGGCGGCGUCGGCGACGGUGACGGUGCAGGAGUGUACGUCGGGCGAGGGGGCGGGGCAGCGGUGGGGACUUACGCAAGAGGGCUCAGUCACUCAGGGCGAACGAUGUCUCACUGUUCUCACCUCCGGCAAGCGAGUCCUGCUCUACCCCUGCGCGGCGGGACCCAGGCAGAGGUGGCAGCGGCAGGGUCGGCGGCUGCAGCACAUCGCAUCUGGUCUGUGCCUCGACUCCACCAACGCCCCGGACGCCCAAGCCCUGCCGUGCCGCGACGCUCUCUACUCACAACAGUGGGACUUCUCCGUGGAGUUACAGGCCCUUCCCACCCUCUAGCGCGGCCUUUGAAACCCUCACACUGCCAGAUAUGCUCUUCCCAUAACCACUUCCAACUUUUCAGACACGUUUUCUAUGACAGUUUCUCGAGUCGUUCUGUAUUCUGGGAAAGACAAAAAUUAGCCUCCUGGUUUGUUUUCUGUGCGUGUGUCCAAGCAAAUUUUUCUUUACAGGGCUCUGGAUGUUAGAAAAGAUAGCCAGGCAGAGCAGUGAAGGGGUUUUAAACUGUAUCUCUCCCUGUACUCACUUGGCACCUUACAUUCCACCUCCAUCCACUCUGCCUCUCAUCUUUAUAAAUGUGACUUUUUUUUUUCUCCUCCUCCUCCUCCUCUUGAUUUCUGCUUCUUUCUGUUUUCCCUCCUUAUGUCACUCAACACCCUAAAUUUCACAUCAUUCCACCUCGUUCCUCUCUUCAUUACCUUACAAACGUGACUUUUUUUUUUUAUCCCGAAUCUCACUCCUUACUUUCUCAUCCCAGUUACUCAUUACCGUACGUACAUUUCCUACCCCUAUUCACUCUUCAUGUUUUCUUUAUCCUACAAACGUGAUUUUUCUAAUCAUUUCCUCCUCAUCUCGGUUCCUGCUACUCUCUGUCCUCCGUUUUAUCUUUUGUCAUUUAUCUAACGCUUUAUUUUACCUAUUCUGCCUCUCGUUUCUCUGCACAGGUUACUUUUGCCAGUCUUGUCAUUUCGAUCGUGUUUUUCGUAUUCUCUUCCCUUUUUUUUUUUCCUCUUAAAACUCUUCAUAUUAUUUUCAUCUCUUUAAGGUACACGUUAUUCCCAUUCACUGUUUCUCAUCUUCAUAUCCUCAUCUUAUCUUUUCUAUCACUCACGUCAUGCAGCUCCUAUUCUUGUUCAUCUCUUCUCCUCAUUGUCUUUCACUUUGCCAUCCAUUUCUUUAAUAAUUUUAAGUGAUAUACUUAUCAUUCACAAUUCCUUUCAUCUUAUCCUCGUUCUUUAUCACUUGUUCUGUCAUUAUUUUCGGAUAAUUUUCCCUUCAUUCACUACCAUUUGGAUUUUGUCCUCGUCCUUUAUCGCUCGUUUUAUCACUCCGUUAAUACCUAAUCGUUGUUUACCCCGCACAUCCUUUCUUUCUACUGCAUUGUCAAUUUGUUCCAUCAUAUGUAAACUUUUGUCAUCUUUCGUCACUUGGUUGUUGUACAGCGUCAUCCUUUCAUUACCCAUCUCGUCGUCUUCCAACUCAAAUUUUCUCCAUGUAUUCUGUGUUGAUAUUUUUGUUUCUGGAUCCAUGCAGCGCUAUAUGACCUCGUGUUGAGGCGCAUUAAACCAAUCAAUCAGUCAGUCAGUCGGUCAGUCAGUCAAUCUUGGAUCCUGUAAGAGUGUUCAGGGCUAUUUCUCUAAGACAACAAUAACAACACAAAUAAAUACAGUCUUCCAUUACAUUUGUAUACCGUUGUUCUUAUUACUGAAAUCACUGUAUCUAGUUCAUGUAUAUUUCCCUGUUGAUGUAAGAGAGAUGUAUAGUUUUCCCAACCCAGCCAUCCAGUAGUUCUAUUGAUGUUUAUUGUUACAGCCUGUAGUUAUGCCCCUCGUCACCCAGUCACUCUGUAUCCUCCCUGUCAUCUGCUGGACGUGUAGAGUCAUGUUCAGAUGUCAAUUAACCUGCCGUAUUUACUUCUGUUGCAUUUAGUGUCUUCCCUCAGUCUCACGUUGUCUGAUCUGCUGACAGUCUUAUAAAAUCUGGAACAAAAUUUUCAAACAUUAUAGUUUUUUUUAUCUCGAGUACUUUCAACAUGCUUUAGUUGAAGUUACUGACGGUUUUCUAGGGUGUUUUCAUUUGAAUUUUCCUCGUUUUUCUGUAGGAGGGACGCUGGUCAAGGACAACAAAAGUGCAAGGGAAAAAGGUCCAAUGAAAGCGCUAGUCUCUAAAGAGGACACUGCAAACAAGUUCAGAAUUACACUGAAAAUUGUCUUGAUUAUUCUGGUGAUAUUUCAACUAAUAUUCAGCAUCACCAAUCUAAGUAAACACAUAGAAAACUUACUAAUCAUCUCUGAAAAAAAAAGAAAGAUAUAAAGCAAACAAACAAUGAAGAUUCCAAUUCCUAGAGAGAACAGUCUAAAAACAGUCCCAGAAUUACACUGACAAGAGUCUUAAUUAUUCUAGUGACAUUUCAACAAAAAUGCUGCAUCGUCAAUCAAAAUAAACACCCAUGAGAAAUUGACUCCUCAUCUCUGUGGCCUGUGAAAAUAAUCCCUAUGAGACCCAAACGAUCGACAAAUAGACCCUGUCAGUGGAGAGAUUACCAGGACACCAGUUUAAGAUUGAGGGGAAAACAUUGAAUAUAGUGGAACACAGUAUAGCUGGUUCAUUGAGCUUUCUGUAUGACUUUCCUUUCCCGUCAUCCUGUAGUCACGCACUGUCAUCCUGUCAUCUGUAAGUAUCCGUCGCCUCAUUGUGUUACCCUCAGUCGUCGCCCUACACUCGUCUGUCAUUCUGUUGUUAGUUUUUUUUUUUUUUUUUUUUUGCUAGUAAAGGUGAGGAAAUGU